AUGUCUGGAAACUGCUGUUCUAGGAAAUGCCCCUCCGUGCCCGCCAUCUCUCUCUGCUCCAGUGAUGUAAGCUGUGGAGGGCCGAUCUGCUUGCCCAGUUCCUGCCAGAGCCAGACGUGGCAACUGGUGACUUGUCAAGAUAGCUGUGGGUCGUCCAGCUGUGACCCCCCGUGCUGCCCACCCUCCUGUCCCCCAAGCAGCUGUGUGCAGCCGGUGUGCUGCAACGUCACCAUCUGCGAGCCUGCCUGCUCCGUGAGCAGCUGUCCCCAGCCCGUGUGCUGCGACCCCACCCCUUGUGACCCCUGUUCCGUGAGCAGCUGUCCCCAGCCUGUGUGCUGUGAGGCCACCCUUUGUGAGCCCUGCUCCGUGAGCAGCUGUCCCCAGCCUGUGUGCUGUGAGGCCACCCUCUGUGACCCUUCUUGCUGCCAGCCUGUGUGCUGUGAGACCCCUUCCUGCCAGCCAGUCAUCUGUGUGCCAGCUACCUGCCAGGCCUUCCUCUGCAAACCCAUCUGUGAGCCCAGCUGUUGUCCAUCUGUCUGUGCUGUGCCCAGUUCCUGCCAGGCGAUGAUCUGUGAGCCUGCCUGCUGCCAGCCGGUGUGCCCCACCCCAAGUUGCUGUUCAUCUGUCUGCCCUGUGGCCAACAACUGCCAGCCUGUCUGCUGUGACUCCAGCCCUUGUGAACCACCUUGCUCAGAGCCCAGCAUCUGCCAACCAGCAGCCUGUAUGGCUCUGAUGUGUGAGCCCGUCUGCCUCCGCUCUGUCUGCUGUGUUCCCAGCCCUUGCGAGACACCUUGUGACGACAUUACUUGCCAAGAGCCCCCAUGCUGCAUCUCCAGCAUCUGCCAACCCAUCUGCCCUGAGCCCAGCCCCUGCCCACCAAGUGUCUGCGUGCCCAGCCCGUGUCAACCUACCUGCUACGUAAUCAAGCGCUGUCAGUCCAUCUCUUGUGAGCCGGUCCCCUGCCCUUCUAGCUCCUGCCAACCUCUGUGCUGCCGCCCGGGGUCUUCUGCAUCUGCCAUCUGUCAACCUACUUGCUCUCGGACUUUCUUCAUCCCCAGCUCCUGCAAACAGCCUCGCGUGCCCUCGGUUCCCUACCGCCCGAUCUGCCGUCCAAUCUGCUCUGGACCCAUCACCUACAGGCAGCCAUACGUGACAUCCAUCUCCUUCCGCCCUGCCUGCUACCGCCCCUGUUAUUCCAUCCUGCGCCGCCCGACCUGUAUCACUUCUGUCUCUUACCGCCCGGUCUGCACCCGCCUGACUAGCGCCGACUCCUGUAAGCCGGAGAUCAAGCCGUCCGUCUCCGGCCCGUCGGAUUGUCCUGACGUGACGCCCUGCAAAGGGGACGGUCCUGAGGUCAAUCCUGGCCAGUGCCCCGAUGCCAAACCCUCCAGCCCAACCUCCUGCGAGGCCACGAAGGGCCAGCCAGCUCCCACCAAGCCUGCCGACUGCUGA